GGACUGAACCGACAUGUUUCGGUGUUAACUUUGCAUCAUCCAGGGCCAUAAUGGGGGAAGAAGAUAUUCAUUUUGACCGGAUAAGCGGUCGAUAUGUCCCGGCUGCAGCCCGGUGUCCUGUCCUGGAAAUGUCCCUAGAGAGAAAGAAGAUCGUCCGAGAGGAGCUGGAGUAACACUUGACAGUGAUGGUGAGAGGAGAGAGCGGUGGUGACUGUGCACAUCGGGGCUUAAAUUAAAGAGGAAUGCAUGGAGAUCUCAGACAGCUGGAGGCAACAUUCAUCUCCUCACCUGAGUCCAGCGUGUCCCGUCUGAAGCCAGGGAGCCUCCUCUUCCUCCUGCUGAGCCAGCUGCAUCAUGGGAGGUUCCUCCUCCUCCCUCGUUGAAGAGGCUGAUGGUGAUGAUGCUGCACCCCGGGGUGCCGCUCUGCCCCCCUCCCCCAUUAUGGGAUGUCUGAGGAGCAGCCAGAGCGCCUCCAUCCCUCGGCAGCUUCCCCGACCCGGCCGGCACCGAGAGCGCAGUUUCUCCUCGGGCUCGAUGCCCCUUCAGAGGACCCAGUGGGCUUGUGUCUGCUGUACGUUCCUGAACGCAGCCGGCGCCCCUCGCUGCUCCAUCUGUGAAGCCCCCCGACGAAGACCAGAGGCCCGGUGGACGUGGCAGGGGACCGGCAGGGAGGACAGACGCUGGUCCUGUCCGCACUGCACGCUGUCCAACCCCGCCGACCGCACGGCCUGCUCGCUGUGCGGCUACUCCGGCGCUCUGGACCGACCCCGGGGGGGCUCGUCUGAAGAACGGCCCCCUCGGCGCUCCAGCAGCUGCUCCGGACCCCUGAGGCCAGAGGACGCCGUCAUUAAGAGCCUGGUUUGGGAGUGUUUGAGGUGCACGCUGCAGAACACCCCGACCUCCAUGUCCUGCUCGGCUUGUGGCGGACCACGCAAACUGUCCCUUCCCCUGAUCCCCGCCGAUGCUCUGUUCAUACCGGAGGAACAAACCGGAGUAGGACAGCCUGAGCCUGCAGCGGGGCUGUCCUUGUCCAUAACCACCGGAGGAGAGAGUUUACCGGUGGAAGCUUCUCAUCCACACACAAACUCCUCAUUGCUCCUCUCCUCAGGUCAUCACAAUCCUCUCCCCUGCAGCCGCAGAGAGGUGCCUCCUCCAGAAGGUUGCCUCAGUCAAACUCCCACCUUGAGUGCUUCUCCAUCAACGCUCGCCGUUUCACUUCUCGCCGCCCAACCAGAGCUUCCGCCCGGCAGACGGCUCAGCAUCCUCAAGGAGGAGAUGUCGCCGCUGUCUCCUGCUCCGGAUGCCUCCGCAUCGUUCCCACCGUGCGUCGUCGCCGCCGUUACCAGCUCAGAGGAGUGGGCGUGUCCAGCCUGCACCCUCAUCAACAGGGUCAAAGCCAAACACUGCCUCGCCUGCCACACGCCGCAGCGACACGCCACCCAGCUGCAGCUGGCGGCGGCCACGAAGAGGAAGGAGAGCAUGCUGGUGGAGGAGCUGCGACAAAGUGACGAGGGAGAGGCCAAGCAGCUGUGGGAGAACAUCGUCAGCUUCUGCAGAGAGAACACCGUGACGUUUGUGGACGACAGCUUCCCUCCAGGUCCGAAGUCCGUGGGCUUCCCGUCGGACGACAGCGUCCAACAUCGCGUCAGGAAGUGGUUUCGUCCGCAGGAAAUCAACUGCUGCAACUCCAGAGACCGCGCCGUGAAGUGGUCCGUUUUCCGCACGCUCCGGCCGUCAGACAUCCUGCAGGGACUUCUGGGUAACUGCUGGUUCCUGAGUGCCCUGGCUGUUCUGGCCGAACGUCCCGAGCUGGUGGAGAAGGUGAUGGUGACGCGCUCGCUGUGUGCAGAAGGAGCCUAUCAGGUGCGUCUGUGCAAAGACGGCCGAUGGACCACGGUGCUGGUGGACGACAUGCUGCCGUGUGACGACAACGGACACCUCCUCUUCUCUCAGGCCCAGAGGAAGCAGCUCUGGGUGGCUCUGAUUGAAAAGGCGCUGGCCAAGCUCCACGGCUCCUACUUUGCUUUGCAGGCCGGUCGUGCCAUCGAGGGCCUCUCCACGCUGACGGGGGCGCCCUGCGAGUCACUGGCCCUCCAGGUCAGUGCCACCAACCCAAAGGAGGAACCCAUCGACACCGACCUCAUCUGGGCCAAGAUGCUGAGCUCCAAGGAAGCAGGUUUCCUGAUGGGGGCGUCUUGUGGAGGUGGAAACAUGAAGGUGGAUGACGCGGAGUACGAGUCCCUGGGUUUACGUCCACGACACGCUUACUCUGUCCUGGAUGUGAGGGAUGUAGACGCUCACAGGUUACUGCAGCUGAGGAACCCGUGGGGUCGAUUCUCCUGGACUGGACCCUGGGCCGACGACUGGCCCAACUGGCCUCCACACCUGAAGAGGGGGUUGUGCGCCCAGCGAGCCGAGGACGGCCUGUUCUGGAUGGACUUCUGGGAUUUCAUCAGGUACUUUGACUCCGUGGAUAUCUGUAAGAUUCAUUCAGACUGGCAGGAGGUCCGAGCGCCGGGUGUUUUCCCCCGAGGAGCCGACGUCCCGGUGACGGUGGCGUCCCUCACAGUGAUGGAGAGAACGGCCAUGGAGCUGGCUUUGUUCCAGCAGGGCAGCCGGCGGUGGGACACGGCGGAGAGCCACCUGUUGGAUCUGUGCGUGUUGUUGUUCCGGGUCUCCUUCGACAGCUCGGGGACGCCGGCGCUCGGCCGUCUGCUGGCUCACAGCCGGCGCUCGGUGAGGAGGUUUGUGAGCUGCGACGUGAUGCUGGAGCCGGGAGAAUACGCCGUGCUCUGCUGCGCCUUCAACCACUGGCACAGCGCCACCGCCCAGGGGACGACGAGCGGCGGCCGCUCAGAGGAGCCCGGUUACAUGCUGGCGGUCUACAGCUCCAGACUGGUGAUGGUGGAGCAGGUCACAGCCUCCAACACCACCAUCGCCGAUGCCGUCAUCCAGCUGAUGGAGACCAAAGGAGAGAGACACGAGGGCAGAGAGGGGAUGACCUGUUACUACCUGACCCACGGCUGGGCGGGGCUCAUCGUCAUGGUGGAGAACAGACACCCACGUCAUCACCUCCACGUGUCAUGUGACUGCAGCGACAGCUUCAACGUGGUGUCGACGCGCUGCAGCCUGAAGACUGUCGACAGCAUCCCUCCUCUGCACAGACAGGUGCUGGUGGUAUUGUCUCAGCUGGAGGGAAACGCCGGUUUCUCCAUCACUCACCGGCUGGCUCACCGGAAGGCCGUCCAGGCUUCUCUUGGGAACUGGAGUCCCUCGAAGGCAAAACACAGUCCGGCUCUGAGCCCGGAGACCUCUGGUCUGCAUCAGCCUCGACCCCUCUGACCCAGAACCACAGAUCUGUUUCACAUACCACACCUGAGAUCUCAACAUCUCAACUGUUCAGGAGUUUGUGGAAGAAAACACUUGUUUUUUUCUUAAAUGUUGGACUAUUUUGAAAUGAGACAUCAUGUUUAGUGAACUGAGUAGUGUUUCAGCUCAGAGUCAGAGCUCCAACAGAAGUUAACACAUUCCUCCGCAAAGAUUUGUAGAAACAGAAUGUUCGGUGAACAUGUUAUGCACUUUAUAUUUCACAUUUCAGAUCACAGCUCGUCUUCAGGUCCAAACUGUCUUAAAUGCUCUGGUGAUAGACAAGUAGAAGUUAUUAACGUUAGUUAGUUGUGUUUGAACUGGCUGCCAAGAAUAUUCACAGUAAUAACAAAACGACGACGCGGAAGUCGGCUUCCAAUUCACAGCUUCCCAUUCAGGAGUUAAGGGGAAAGUUAAGGGGAAAGUUAAGGGAAACGAGCUGCAGAUCCGACCGAUUCGCUGUUUUUUGUUGCAAAAGUUUGUUAGACAUUUAAGGUAAAGCUAUCUAUAAAAACCCACUUUGAAAUUUUUGGAACCUUUAUUCUUCAAAAAACACAAUACUUACCUGGUCAAAUCUGGAUCAGAUUAUCACAGGGUAACUAGAGAAUCUUUAAAAUACAAUUUCAGAUUUGUGAAAACUUAAUAUUUGUGAAAAUGCAUAAAAAGGGAGAUGUCACUGUUUUUUUUACAUCUAGACCACUUCGACCAGGUCCAGAUAGAAAAUCCUAUACUUAGACUGGUCAAAUCUAGGUUAGAUGAACCCAGAUAUGCCAGAGACUCUUUAAAACACAGGUUCAGAUUUGUGAAAACUUUAUUAUUUUUUAAAAAUGAAAUAAGGGAGAUUAUACUGCUUUUUUCACAUCUAGACCACAUUGGACCAGGUCCAGAUCAAAAAACACUUCAUUAAGACUGGUCAAAUCUGGACUAUAUUCUCACAGAGAAGUCAAAGGCUCUUUAAAACACAGGUUCAGAUUUGUGUAAGCUUUAUUUUCUUUAACUUUCCCCUUCAAUGCGUAAUUGGAAGCUAUUUUAAUCGUCGUUAACAAUCAUGGUGUUUAUUUAUGAAUCUUGAUACUAAAUGUAGAAUAUUUAAAUAAAGUUCAAGCGAGGGGACUGGCUGUAUGAAGCAUUAGCACUUUAUGAACUUUAAACUAUGCUGGAUUCUGAUGUUUUACUUUAAAUAGAGAUGUUUUUG